CUCCCACAGCCCAGGCAGAUUGCAAAGGGAGUUUGAGCUCUCCUUUCCCCUUGCCAGCUUACUCCACCUUCCACCUGGAGCCAUCCUUGCAUUGAGAGGCUGGAAAAUCUGCCCCAGGGUGUUUACAAACACAGCUGAAGGGAGCACUGAUUGUUUUUCAAAGGGUCUGCAAAGAAUGGUCCUUAUGGCAGCAAUACAGGCCUCCUCCUGACUUCUCACUCAGCCUUGGCCGGGAGACAAGGGGAGAAAAAAGCUCUUGCUGAAACAAGUGCCUGCAGUAAGAGCGGCAGGAGCAGAUGUGAACACAUCCCUCUGUAAAAUGGGUGUAAUCAGAGAGGGUGCUCUAGCAUCCCUUGUGCAGCGCAACAAACAGCCUAGAGGAAUAAGGAACUCAGCGGCACCAGGUUCCCCUCACAAGUAGCGAGGGGAAGUGUCUGCAUUAAUAAGAUAAGAGGGUUUGGGGUAGAGGGACGGAAGUCACUUCUGGCUGUCCGUAGAAGUGGCUGCACCUUAUGGCUGUAGCAGGUCCUUAAGUUCCUACCUCCCUGGUUCCUAGGGCACAGUUAUCACAGGACAGAGACCUCAGUUGCACAAACUGCCCUCCCCCAACACACACACCUUCCUGGUAGUCACCGCACUGGGGCCAAUUGCAGUCUGGAGGGCCGUGGAGCUGAACUCCCUGCUCGCUGACGGGGCCUCUCGCUGGGAUAUAGUAUGCUGCCAGAGGCAGCCUGAGGACCGUACCCGGCAGCUGCCCGCUCUCCAGUGCUCUUACCCUCCGUUUAGGCAUGGAGACAAUGAAAGCACACGAACAGAGCGAGGAGACUGCAGUUUGAUGAAGAGAGCCUGGGGUAGGAGCUCACAGGUUUUGCCAGGAGAGAGGCUACAGGUUCAGAGAGUACAUCUCCUCUCCCAUUUGCUGUCGCACCCCUCCCUAUGGCAGCUGCCUAGGAAAUGAGCAACGUGUCAUCGGCUUCUUUUAAUGCAAUCUGGAAGCAAGGAGAAGCCCCAGCACAGCAUGCCUAGUCAGCAGUCUGUGGCCGGAUGGUGCACACAGCUGGCCGACAGGUUCACAGUCCUGGUACUGGCUGUAAAAAACACCAUACAUGGCUAUUUCCACUGUGUGCUUUGCCCCUCUCCUAUCCCCUCCUUGCUUCAUAUCACCAGAGUUUCCUUUAAUUGCUCUUCAGAACUAUUUCUCCCAUUCUCUUACUUUUAAAAGUUGCACGUUUAUUGUCAGGCAUUGUUUUUUUUGCAAGGAGGGAGGGGGGGAAUGUGUUUGCUGCCACAAUCCUUGUUUUAAACUUCUGCAUAAAAUGGAUGGACCACUGUUAGAAAUGGUGCUGAAGAUGGUUUAUGGCUGAACAAGAGCACCGUCUGCAGAGACUUCGGAGUCAGCAGCUGGGACAGAUUGGGCUGGAGUGCUCUAGGCAAAAGUGAGCUGAGUAAACGGAGGUGGCUGAUUAAAAAGGGCUUGGUUUCUAGAGAAUUACCAGGGAAGGUAAUCUCAAAAGAUCCCAGUAGAGAAAAGAAUGAUGAUUUUACAAUAAACUCCAAAGCUUGGAAGAAGCAGCAGGGUUAUUGAAGGGCCUUGAAGAGACUGGAAUGGAACAAGAAUGAGAGGAAGUGGGGAAGGAAAGAAGCCAGCCGGCCAACAGAAGAGGAAGCUGUUGCUGUCCCCCGGCUUCGCUGUGCUACGGAACGCGCGUUAAUGGUCAGAGCAGGGGACGGGGUGUCGGAACUCGUGUUCUGUCCCCUGUACCACAGCUAAGAGCAAGGUCUGAGCAAGUCGCUCCCCGCAUGUGCUCCAGUUUCUUUCUGUGGAAGGAGAGGUGGCGCCAGCCUACUCCUGCUAUUGCUGGGAUGUGGUGGCAUCCGGCGCUUUGCUACAGCUCCAGAGACCUGAACCCAUGCCCUGCUCUGGGCACAUCCCAGAGGCUGACCCCAGCUGACCCAUCUGCAAGUAGGUACCCUGGUCACUCGUGCUGGGGAGUUAAAGGUGGCUGUAUGUGAAGCCUGCGCUGUGGGCACUGCUGUGCCUCCCCCAUGCCAGCUGGGCUGUUUGGCUUGGGUGGGCCUUUAUAAAGUUGUGGCGAUUUGUGCGCUAUUUGCAAAGGGCUUUGAGACUGUGGGGUGAAGAGGGCUCCCCUCACCAUCAGGCCAGGGAGGAACAAGUUUCCUGCUGCUCCUUGGUGCCCCCUCUCUGGUGGCAUAAGGAGUGGGCCCGUGGAGCCCUUCCUCUCCCUGCCUCUGGAGAGGCUCUCACUUCACCGCUGCACCUGGGAGCCACCACAGCCCCCUUCCCUCUCCCCUCAGGGGCUUGCAGGAGCGCAGACAGUGUUGUCCGAGAGCAGGACAUUUAGUCCGUGUCUGCAGUCCCUCCUGGAGCAUGGAAACUUGUGGCAGGGAGAAGGAAAGGCCGGGCUCCGUGUGCACGUGACUGAGUUCUUGUUAAUUCCUGCAGACGGACUCCAUUGGCCACGGGCCUGGGAGCAGCCGGGGAAGCUGAACACAUGCAGCUGCCAUGGCCCAGGGCCCACCCCGGCAGAUUUUCUACCCCACUCAUCCCUGCAGCACGUGAACUUCAGACCUUCGUACGACCAUCAUGGCUAUUGCUGACCUGUGUUACAGCAGCAUCAAGGGGCCUGACUCAAGGUAUGGCCCUGUUCGGGUAGGUCCUAGGCUUCCCGCCUCUUUAGUAGGAGGCAGCCUCACCCCAAGGACCUUGCUAUGGAGCUCCGGCUGGUUGUACAAGAUGUCUCUGUGCGGCUGGUCCCGGCUCUUGCGGUAUUUUCAGUCAUUGCAUUUGUUGUCAUCACUUUGCUAACUUGAUUGUAACACGCUGAACUUGAAAACUACUAACUCAUCCGGUUCUGUGGAUGUUUUUGUGGAAAGUUUGGUCAGCAAGUCAGCUGCGGCCCCCUCUGCCCCUGCUCCCUGUCCUGGAGCAGUCGUGAGGAUGGAGUGAGGGGCAGAUGGCUGCCUCUUGCUUUCGGUGACGUUCAGAUGUGCAGACGCUUCGAGCCUCCGCACUUCCUGGCGCAGGCUUGUUUUACGUUCUCAGUCUCCCCAAGCUGCUCGCGCAGUGCGCUGGAAACGAACAGACCCCGGCAAUGCCAGUCUGAUUGGACGCGACAGGCGAGAGCAUGGGGAGAACAGGGAAUGCAAGGAUGAAGUUGGGGCUUUUCCUGCCUGCACUGGGGGUCCUGCUCUGUGUGGGUGGCACCACAGCACAGAACUCCAUGGAGAUCGACGUGGUGAUCUCUUACACCACAGUGAUUCUCACCUGCAACAUUGACCGGUCUGAUCCUAUAACAUGGAAGAAGGAUAACACAAAUCUCCAAGGCCCAGUUAGCAGAGAUAAUCAGUUGGAGAUAUCAAACUACCAGGGUAGUAAAGAUGAUGGCACAUACACCUGUGCAGCAGGCACGGACACGUCGAUACCGCUAUACCUGAAAGCCAAGGUGUGCGAGAACUGCAACGAGCUGGACGUCCUGAUUGUGGCCUUCAUCAUCAUUGCGGAUCUCCUCAUCACCUUCGGGGUGCUGAUCCUGGUCUACUACUGCAGCAAGAGCCAGAAGGGGAGAGCCGGGGCUGGGGCUGGAGCAGGCGCAGGAGGACGGCCACGAGGCCAGAAGAUGCAGCGCCCCCCACCCAUUCCAAACCCAGACUACGAGCCCAUCAGGAAGGGACAGCGGGAAGUGUAUGCCGGCUUGGAGUCCAGGGGUUUCUGAGUCACCCAGCAGACGGCAGGCAAGACACAGCAGCGGAGGGGCCUGAAGCUUCUGUCCCAUCAGAGAGGAGCUCCUACUGCCCGCUGAGCCAAGCAGCUGCCCCAGGAGAUGCUUCCAUGCCCCAGCUGACACGAUCCUUCCUGCCACCCCUUGACCUCCCCAUACAGAAUCAGGCAAGGAAACAGCAGAAAGUCUUUUCCCUGUUACGUGUCAGUGGCCAUCGCCUGCUGAGAUCCCCACAGAGACCUGUAGCCUGUCCUUUCCAAAGUGUCAGGGAAACCCCCUCAUGCUUGGCUGUAUUUAUUGCAACUGUGGCCUCCACUUUCUGCUGUCAGCACCUGGCCCCGCAGGUCUCCUCCUCCCAGCUCGCAGGCGGCCUCUUUCCUGCCACAUGCAGGAUGUGAGCGCCCAUGUCCUGAGCUCUGGGCUGGGACCUGUCAGGGCCAAGUGCUGUGCUGACUCGCAUGUCAGUGUGGCCAGCUCACUGCCCCUAGUGCCUCCACUUCUCCAACUGCAGGGAGAGGCAGGCGCUGCCUGGGGUGCUGUGCAUCAGUGUAGGAUGAUGCUGGUAAGGCAGGGGGGUGCUUAGCUAGGGUCUCUGCUGCCUUCCCCUUGCUCUUUCAUUCCACUGCCUUCACCUUCCCAGACUGCUUCCAGCUUCACAGCAUUACUUUCUCUUCUUGUUGCUGCCUGGAAGGGUAACACCUGUCUCCACUAGAAGAGGGGGAGUGUGCCAGCAUGUUCAGGAAGGGCUGGAUAUAGCUGGCACGGGCACUCUGAGCAAAGGGCUCCGCUGGAAUCCCUGCAGCAGGGAACUGCUCUCCCAGGCCCCUGCAGCCCUCAUUGCAAGGCAUGUGCCUUUGCUUUCCCUGGCAUAUCACCUGUCAGCCCAGAGCAGGGAGCUUAGAUGGAUGACCAAACCUUAGGCAUUUAGAAUUACAUUGAGUAGCUCUUGGAUGCCCUGUUGUGCCCAACAGUGGGUAGGGAGAGUUGGAUUCUGCUCCCAAGACCUUCAGUCCCAGCAAAACGAGAAAAAGGCCCCAAACCCCUUUUCCCUGAUGGAAACUCCUGAGCCCCCAACUGCUGCCUGAACUGCCAGCACUGCCCUCCCCUCUGGAGAAGGCCUAAGAUGAAUUCCAAAGGCUGUGACAAGCGGCCCAGGCCGAGCAGGGCUGGCAGGAGAAUAAGCCCUUUCCAUGGGUGCUAGUGUUCCCACUGUGUCCUGCUCCAGGCCAGGAAGCUGCAGGAAAAGCACAGAUCCUCGGAGCUGGCUCGACCGGUCCCAGGAGGCUGUGCCAGUGGUGGGCACUGAGCAGAUGCCCACUUGCUCACCCAUCCCUUGAUCCAUCCCUGGCAGUCCAUCCCUAGCAGUCAGGCUGUGCCCAGGUGCCCCUCUCCGUUACCUAGAGGGCAGCUUUGCUUGCGCUGAUCAACAGCCUUUUCUAACAAGUGUCCUGUAGGUACUUAAAUGUAUGUUAUGCUGUCAAAUAAAAAGGGAGGAUUCUC